UAUGUAGCUGUGAUGCUGGGAGUAACUUUCCAGACCUGAAGAUGAGCUCUGUGUAGCUCAAAAGCUUGUCUCUCCACCAACAGAAGUUAACCCGUUAAAAUCCCUAUGGGAAUUCGCAGGUGCUCCUUGCCCUGCCUGUGGGUUGGAAACGGACUCUUCUCCACAGACCUCAGUGGUUUCCCUGCCCAUAGCCUGGAUCAGUGGGGUUGUGAGGGACAGGCUGCAUGGUGGGAGGCUGGAGUUGAUUCCGUCCUAGAAGAGAAGCACUUAAUUAGUGUGUGUUUGUUUCUGAUUCUCUGUUACCUAGAUGAUCUUCAAAGAGAACUUGACUGGAGAAGAAACAUCAUCUGCCCAGGGCUGGGAAGUUCUGCGCCACCUGUACAAGAAGUGAAUGUGACUCUGGAUCCAGACACAGCUCAUCCCAACCUCGUCCUGUCUGAGGAUCGGAAAAGUGUGAGAUGGGAAGACACAUGGCAGCAUCUGCCCAACACCCCUGAGAGAUUUGACACUGAGCCCUGUGUGCUGGGCUGUGAGGGAUUCACCUCGGGGAGACACUACUGGGAGGUGGAGGUGGGGGGUGGGGGACACUGGGGCCCUACCCUCACUCUGCCCCAGACCGUGCCCCCGCUCUGCUCAGCCACCACGACUCACCAGACCUCUCCUCUCCUGUUCCUGUGA